AUGGGUAAGUACUCUCUUGCGCGACGCCAUGCGGCGCACCAACUUCGGGAGGCUGACGAGAGCAACGCAUCACAGCCCAAGGGAACACACCCGCACCGCCUGGUCCUCAUCGCGGACCCCCAAAUCACCGAUCCGCACUCGUACCCGGGCCGUCCGUGGCCGCUCUCGACGCUGACGGUCACCAUCACCGACAACUACCUCCGACGAGGCUACAAGGCGCUCCAGAGCCAUCUGCAGCCCGACAGCGUCUUCUUCUUGGGGGACCUGUUUGAUGGCGGCCGCGAGUGGAAGACGCGGGAGGAGGGCUUCGUCGAUCCCAAAUGGGGCCGGGAGCGAUCGGGCGACGAGAAGAAAUGGGUCAACACGUGGCACCGCAAGUACGGCGAGGACUAUUGGGUGCGUGAAUACAAGCGCUUCGGCGACAUCUUCUUCGACCACUUCAACCUGGGAGGUGACGUCCCAGGUCCGUAUCAGCGGGGGCGCCGGCUGGUCGCCAGCUUGCCGGGGAACCACGACCUCGGCUUCGGCGCGCAGGUGCAGGUGCCGGUACGCAACCGCUUCGGCGCCUUCUUUGGCGACGUAAACCGCGUAGACGUCGUCGGGAAUCACAGCAUCGUCUCUGUCGACACGGUGUCGCUCAGCGCCGACACUUCGGACUACAGGUACUCGCACGAUCUCGAGCCCAUUUACGGCCCCGUCAACGAGUUUUUGGAGGAAGUGCAGUCGACGAAACGCAGGCUUGCCAUGGAGGAACUCCAGGUCUGGCACUCCCUUGACCGUGAUUUCCGCUUCAAGCACGAAGUCGUGGAUCUCGAGUCAUCGGAUACGACCCGUUCACCAAGAGACCCAGGUGCUGGCCAUGCCGAAUUCCCCACGAUUCUGCUCACACAUGUCCCUUUGUAUCGGGCCCCGGGAACACCCUGCGGUCCCAUGCGCGAACACUGGCCGCCGGCAAAACGGCCCAAAGGCCAAAGCGAACCGGUCAACCCGGACGAGCGCAACGCCAUUCCAGUCGCUGCUGGAUAUCAGUACCAGAACGUUCUCAGCGAAGAAGAUUCCGUCAAAUUGAUCAAGAGCGUGGGCAAUGUCGUGCAUGUGUUUUCUGGCGACGACCACGACUACUGCGAGCUUGUCCAUUCCGAAGCCAAAGGCAGCGUGCGAGAAAUCACCGUCAAGAGCAUGAGUAUGGCCAUGGGAGUCAGCAAUCCGGGCUUCCUCAUGCUUAGCAUGUACAACCCCGUCGACGCCGACGGCAGGCCCAUGCCCGGCACACCGAAAACCACGAUCCAGACGCACUCGUGUCUGCUCCCGAACCAGCUGCACACGUACAUGCGAUACAUCCUGUUCGUCGUCUUGUCUCUCGGCGUGCUUGCCGUCCGCGCGUUCCUCGUGCCGGUCCUCAACCUGACGCCGUUCGCCCUGGAACCCGAGCAGGGCGGCCCUUCGCUCCUGCCCGUGUUCAAGGACAAGGCGGAGCCUCCGGAGCCGUCGCGCGCGCACGGCGGCGCCGCCUCGCACGGCACGUCGUCCACUGGCAGGCUAUCGGGCGGCGGCGGAGCAGCGUCGACCGUCUCGCGCGGCAGCAUGUCCAACGGCUCGGCGGCGCGCUGGCCGGCCAAGAAGAGCGGCGGCAAGAGCGGCGGCGGCGGCGGUCGACGCUGGGGCUGGGGUGACGAUUAUGGUGCCCGCGGGCGCGGGCCGCGCAUCACGCUCGACGCGGACUUUUACGGCGACGACAAGCAGUGGAAGGCUGGUCGCAGCAAGCAGGUCGUCAAGGUCAUUACGAGAGAGUUUUGGACGACGGCUUGGCGCUUGACGUGGAUGACGGUGCUCGUUUGGGUGCAGCUCACCCGGCUGGGAUGA